UUCAGAAGUUAGUCAAACAAAUGUCUGAAUACCAAAGGGAAUUGGAAAUUCGGUUUCAGCUUCACACUACUGUGAUGGUGUAUCAAACGAGAAGACUUGGUCUUCAGAAGAACAUACUUACAAGUUGAAUUUCAAACAUUGGGUUUGAGUGGGACAAACUUUUGGAGAAUGUGCAUUGUUUGAUCAUAAGUGUGACAAAAACUGACAAGCAGGAAGCUUAUGUACUCAGUGAGAGUAGCAUGUUUGUCUCCAAGAGACGUUUCAUUUUGAAGACAUGUGGUACCACCCUCUUACUGCAAGCACUGGUUCCCCUUUUGGAGCUUGCCAGAAAGCACAGUGGGUUUGACUCCAUUCAGAGCUUCUUUUAUUCACGUAAGAAUUUUAUGAAGCCUUCCCACCAGGAGUACCCGCAUAGGAAUUUCCAGGAAGAAGUAGAGUUCCUUAAUGAAAUUUUCCCAAAUGGAGCAGCUUAUUGCAUGGGGCGUAUGAAUUCUGAUUGCUGGUACUUGUACACUCUGGACUUCCCAGAGAAUCGGGUAAUCAAUCAGCCAGAUCAGACACUGGAAAUUCUGAUGAGUGAGCUUGAUCCAGUAGUUAUGGACCAGUUCUACAUGAAAGAUGGUGUUACUGCAAAUGAUGUCACUCGUAUGAGUGGAAUUCGUGACCUGAUACCAGGUUCUGUCAUUGAUGCUACAAUGUUCAAUCCUUGUGGGUAUUCAAUGAAUGGGAUGAAAUCAGAUGGAACUUAUUGGACUAUUCACAUCACUCCAGAACCAGAGUUUUCUUACGUUAGUUUCGAAACCAACAUAAGUCAGACAUCCUAUGAUGAUCUAAUUAGAAAAGUUGUGGAUGUUUUCAAGCCGGGGAAAUUUGUGACCACCCUCUUUGUUAAUCAGAGCUCUAAAUGUCGUACUGUGUCGUCUUCUGCCCAGAAGAUUGAAGGGUUUAAAAUUCUUGACCGCCAGAUUGCUCAGUUCAGUGAUUAUAAUUUUGUUUUUACAAGUUUUGCCAAAAAUCGGCAGCAACAGCAUAGUUGAUUAAGAAUGAAGAAAAAACGCAAAAAGAGAUCCCGUAUAGAAGGUGGUGGCUGCUUUCUAGAUAAUGAUUCAGGGGGCCAUGCUUUCCAUUCCCACCAUCUUGUAGUUGCGGAAAGCCCUAGAUGUAAUCAUAGUAUAAUCAUUUUGAAUUGUAUGCAUUAUUAUAUCAAGAAAUUAGAUAACUUGCAUGAAUGCUCUCUUCUGUGUUUAGGUAUUCUAUGCCACUCUUGCUGUGAAAUUGAAGUGCAUGUAGAGAAAUCUUACUAUAUGAGACAUUACAACACUUGGAAAAAUGAUUCAAAUAGGAUUAUACACAAUACAGUUUUCCUCCAGGUAUCACCAAAAAUUCCCCACAGACAAGGCUUUCGUCCUCAUUAGACUUUGGCCUCAGCCUACUCACUGGGACAGCUCUUUGUUAAUUUGCCACCGGGUACUCUUCAUCUAUGCUCUAAUACCAGUUUCUAGGCCACACUUCUUGGGUUUUUUUUUAUUAUUUAUUUUUUAACCAGUAUGCUCUCUAAUGGAGCUGACUUCUAGUUCACACUUCAGUGUUUGAAGCAAAGUUCCUUUACCUGAUACAGUUAAGAAAGGCAGAACACAGACUACUACAGGUGGUGGGGGAUUUUCUUUUGAGGCAUAAAAUUGCUUAUACUUCUAGUCCUCAAACUCAUGGGAUUUUGUUCAGAAUGACUAAUGGACAAUAUACAGCAAUACUGGAUUAAUGCACUAGCUGUUCACUUCUAGAAGCCUGAGCUGACAUUUUAAUUCAGGUCAUAAUUUGACAACCUCCUUUUGUCCCUUUUUAAUAUGCCAAAGUUGACACUUGUCUAUGUUUCCAAACCACCACACUUCUACAUAUGGCAAUCUAUACUCCCAAAGAGGUCCAAGUUAGAAUAUAGGUGCUUUGGUAGAGUUGUAACAGUUUUGUACAAAGUACCAGUUCAGUCAUGACUUAUUGCUUAUUUUCAGUUCUGCAGUUGUCAACUUUAAGCCAUCUUUAAGGUUGACUUCCUGAGAAGCUGAUGCUCUUAAAUCUACCCAUAGGUAGAACCUAGCAAAAAGAUAGUGGAAUUUACCAGGCUGGGUAUGUUGCUCAGUUUGGGUUUAUUAAUAAUUACUACAUUAAUUGUCAUUUCUAACUGUAAAGAAUGCUUCUAAACUCGUCCAAAUGUCCCUUCACUUUGUUCCAAGCAAAAUCAAUGCCUCUCGUGACUGAAAGUCCUGUAACAUUGUUGUGCAUGUGACUUAUGCUGUAUUGAUGGUGUUGUGACUUCAUCUGUUCCUCCUAAUUAAUGAGGUAAUUUCUUUUACUAUGACUUGAGGGCAUUAAGUAAAUUACUGCAUAGAACAAGAGCUGUCUGGGACACCUGCGGACAGUGAGGUAGAAUGCUAUUCAUAGAAUAUAAAUAAUUCUAGAAGUCACUUAAUGGGUAUUGACUAAAAUGUAGGCUUUAAACAGUUGGCAAACUUGCAGCUGUGUUUGCAGAUACUAUGGGAUUUUUGCAGCUGCAAGACCAGCAAGUCGACUACAAAUUUGACACUUUCCUCUGUCCUUGAAAUAUUGUUUUGACUCUGGAUUGAUGCAAUGGUGGAGUUUAUUUUGUUCCUUCUGUAUUUAAAAAUGAAGCACUUUUUCCCUUUUUUCUUUAGUGUUUCUAUACUAAAAUCCACUUGGUGGGAAAUCAGGUGGUUGGAACAGUUUUGAUUUUAUAUUUUAAGCAUAUUGGUGAUUAAAGAUCUCUACCAGUACUAUCAGUUAUACUGUAAAUGGCACCUAAUGAUUGCUGGUGCCUUACUGAGGACCAAUUUUUUCAUUGUUUUUUGUUGAACAGUGUCCCAACUGAUCUUGACAAUUUGUUGGCUUGAGGUCCUAUAAUGCAAGUAAACAGAAAAUCCCAUUUUUCUGAGAAGUUGGAAAAAAAUACACAAACUUUCUAAAAACAGCCUUGGCUAGAAAAAAAAUGAAAACUGUUUGAAUGAAUUUAUUGAACUAUAUAGGGUGAUCAGGAGAGGGGAAAGCAAGGUGUUAUAAUUUCUCUCUCUGUGGUGUUAGGCUUUUAUCAUUUAAAAAUAUCUGUACCACAACCUAAUGCUUCAAUAAAAGUUUGCUUAAUAAAUUGUUUCUAGUGAUGAUA